AUUUACUAUUUAUCUGCUUUACCGCAGUGCAUUACUGAGGCAUCAAAAAUGUCCUUCUCCCACGAUAGCAAUGUUGUACUGUCUUCGACGCACCCCAGCGACGUCUGGACGUCUUCACAAGGCGUAUCAACGAAUGACCUUUCGCGUGCGAGGCUUCGUCGCAUGAGUGUUUGGAUACGAGACGAUCUUGACCCCAUCGUGGCCCGAGACGGUCCAGAAUCUCUGUUGUCGGAUGAUGUGCUGUCUUUGCACGACUUCUUUCGAUCCCUGCAAACCUCGACCAAGAUAACAGCGUUAGAUUUGCGGUCAACCGGUAUCCAUAAAGCUAUCUUGGAAAUAACAGGUAUCGCUACACGGUGGCCCGGUCGGCUAUGCGAUGAUUGCGAUAACAUUAUCGAGAUAUGGAGCGCCAAAUUCGGAAAACUGGAGAAUCUCCAUCCUUUCUUAUAUGGCAGAGGUGGAUGUUUGGAGGGGAUUGCCAGUGGUGGAGAACUGUCCAAAAAGGCUUUACUGACGCGAUGGAAACACGACUGCCCCGACAAGAUAGCUCCAGGUGUAUCGCAUAGAAUUGGAGACUUGGGUUUCCGCGCUGGCUCAUGGUGGAUCAAUCCUUUGUUUGCAUGGCACGCCGGGAUCAUGGACUUUGAUACGAUUGAGGGCGGUGUCUGCUACGACAAAGACAACGCUUAUGCGUUGUUUCUCAAAGACUCCGGUGAGCUUGAAGCACCAACAGAGACUCACUUCACAUACCGCUGCGAGCAUGUUGAUGGAGGAACGUUUCGCUUGACGGCCGCAACAGCAAGGACCAGAAACCCCAUCCGCGUACUGCGCAGUCACAUCUUGAACAGCAUAUGGGGACCUAAGGCUGGAGUCAGAUACGAAGGAUUGUACCAUGUAAUAGGCUGGUCUAUACACAAGAAGAAAGCCAUCGACAACGCCCAACAGGAGAACCUUUCCAAGAACCUUUUAUACGACAUUCAUUUCGAGCGAGUCGACUCAACACCCAUGGAAGAAGUACUCAGAGUCCCCACCUCGUUCCAGGUCGAUGAGUUCUCGGAGUACAAGCGCCUACGGACAACCCACCGGGAAACGCAACGAAUCCGCAAUGCUCAUCCUGAUCCGGAACAGAGAAAUUUCCAAUACACAGCUACAAAGGUAGCACCACAGAUUGCCGCGAGCGUGCGCACUGCAAAUUCGGGAUUUGGCUCUUCCUAUUCACGAACACCGAUACAACAAUCAUGGGAUAACUCUCGCAUCACAACUAUGCAACGUUCCCCUAUGCCAGGGGGAUCUAUCACAUCUUCUGCAAAUGCCUCGAAGGGACCCAGCAUACAUGCGGCUCCAUCUUCGUCGACGGGUCAUGGAGAUGCCAUUCGGGCUCUUUCAAGAAGCGACUUUGCCACGGAACCCCGGAGAGACUACCAACAGGCGACUGCCAAGACUUUGACUUCGCUCGCAAGCAGUAUCUAUACGAUGCAAAGCCAUGAGUCAAAUCUUCGAGAAGUGACACCUUGGAUGGACUAUGACCCGCAGUUUGCUCUGCCUUUGAGUGAAGCUGCGCCUCCAAUCAGACAUGUAAGAAGAGUCGCAGUUCAGCCAGCAGCAAAAAGCUCUCAGAGUCCGCCUUCAAGUAAGGGAACUACAAGCCCGGGUAUCAAGAGCAAAGCCAAAAGUGGGUCAUCGAUCAAGGAUAAAAUUCGGCCUUCAAAUACAGCGCACACGACCACGCAUCUCGAUGGUUCCGAAGAUCUGAUGGAUGACGAUGGUAUCUUUGACAUUGAGCAAUCUCCCAGAGCUGACACAAUGAGUCCGAGGUAUCCAAGAUCUACAGGUCAGAGCGGCGGACGAACAAUCUCUUCUUUCAUUGCAGUUUCCCCGUCCAAAUACCACCAACCUAUGAGCCGUUUGAAAACUUUCUUCCGCGAAAGAAGAGACGCGAUUUCUCCAAUCGUUUCGCCAAUAGACUUCCGGUCACCACCGAAUGAUGAUACGAUUCAUCAACAUAGACCAUCACUGGAAGAGCCGAGCGAGGUGAUGGUGGAUUUCAAGGAUCCUUUCACACUUCCCAGUGAUGGCCAGGAAGAGGAGUAA